CUCGAAAUCAUUUCCAUUGCCGCAGACAUUGGGUUACCCCAGUAAAGAUAUAAAAAACAAGAACAAACACUUGCAAACAAUCCGUAAUAACAGCUAAUGCAUUCCAUUUCCAUGGCCCCCUCUUCUUCUUCUUCCUCCAAACCUUCUCUCUCUCCUCACCAUCCUCCCCACUUCACCCCUAUUCAAGAAGGUAAUGAAGAAGAAGAGUACUCUCAAGGGCGUACAAGUUUCAGAGCAACCACACCAAUUGACUGCACGGACAAAAGAGAGGUCGAUUAUAAGCACCACCCAACACCACUCCAUCAACAUUCUUCUGACAGCAGAUCAGGCAAAGGAUCGACGAGAAAGAGGCCGGAAUCUGAUGAUGGCGCCGGAGACGACAGCGGGAUCUCAUGCAACAAGUGCCGGCCGAGCAAUCGGGAGAAGAUCUCAGUGGUUCCUCUGGACAACAAUGCUGUUAGCAGAUCAUCAACGGUGAGCCCAAAUGGUAUAUUCAAGUCGAUUUUCUCUUCUUUGGUGAAGAAAAGCCCGAGGUCAUCGGAUGGGUCAAACACGACGCCAUUGGAGGACCAGUGGAAGCUUGCAGUGACGGAGCUUUCACAUAAACUCAAACAAGCUACGAGGAAGCGUGAUGAAGCUAUUCUUGAAGCUUCAAGGCUAAAAUACUCCAUGUCAGAGCUUGAAAAGAAGCUAAACAAGCUUGAAAUUUACUGUCACAACUUGAAAUCUGGUCUCGAAGUGUGUAGUGGUAAUUCAAAUUCACUACACCAAAUCAAUAAAACCUAUAUCAACAAUCACAGUAUAGCAGUAGGUGAAGAAGACAAAGUGAUUGAACAUUUCCUGGUUUCAGUUUCUGAGGCUCGUUCUUCUGUCAGGCUUCUGAGUCGUUCAUUAACGAUUCAACUACGACAAAUGGGUGGCAAAGUUCAUGAUCGGAUCUCCUCAGUUCUUCAGCCUUAUGACAUCAAAAUUUCUCUCUCCAAAAACCCACGAAGCAUUCUUUUCUUCCUUGAAGCUCUGCUAAACAAAGCUUUCUACGAAGACUUCGAAUCAGUCGGAUUUCAAAAGAGUUCUCCAAACCAAAUCUUGAACCCCAUCGAUCGUUGUGAAGUCAAUUUUGCGUCAUUCAACCGUUUACAAGGGUUGACAUGGGAAGAGGUUUUGAACAAAGGGACUAAGCAUUUCAGUGAAGAGUUCAGCAGGUUUUGCGACAGGAAGAUGAAUGAGAUCGUGGCUAUGCUUGGUUGGAACCGAGCGUGGCCCGAGCCACUGUUACAAGCCUUCUUUUGUGCGUCCAAGAACGUGUGGUUGGUGCACCUUCUGGCUAACUCGGUGCACGCAAGUUUACCCAUCUUCCGAGUUGACAAGGGAGUGAGUUUUGACUCGGUUUACAUGGAGGACAUGGGUGGUGACAAGGCUCGGAAAUUGGUUCCUACCCUGGUUCGGAUCAUGGUGGCACCUGGGUUCUAUGUCUAUGACAAUGUUGUCAAGUGCAAGGUGCUUUGCAGGUACUACAACAACACUAGCAAUGGCCAUGAUAGCAAUGAGAAACCUUUAGCGCCGUCACCUGUAUAACAACUUAUCAAAUUAUGGUACUUUUAUGACUUUUUUUUAAUUCUAUUGUGAUUUGUAAUUUACGAGGGCUUACACUUUUCGAUAAAAACCAUUACAAGUAUGUGGAAUUGAUCAACCCUGCUUUGAUAUAGAUAACAAUAGAUUAAAAAAAAUAAAAAUUCAGAAAUCAUGGUAUAGAAGAUGGACUAAAGUUAUAAAGGAACCAUAAUUUGAUAAAGCCUCCUUCAACACCCUUA